AUGCAACCCAAUAUGCAGCUUGUUGUUUGCAUCAUGGUAGGCAACAGAGACGAUCUCUACAGUGCCAUCAAGAAGCUCUGCUGUGUCAAAAGUCCCAUCCCAUCCCAGGCCAUCAACGUCCGGACAAUAUCCCAGCCACAGAAGCUGAAGAGUGUUGCCCAAAAGAUACUCCUGCAGGUGAACAGCAAGUUGGGAGGAGAGCUGUGGACUGUCAAUGUUCCUCUGAAAAACUUGAUGGUAGUGGGAGUUGAUGUCCACCAUGACACCAGCAAGGCACAUCAGUCAGUAAUGGGCUUUGUCGCAAGUUUGAACAGCUCACUGACUCGCUGGUACUCCAGAGUGACAUUCCAGGCACCCACUGAGGAAUUGAUCAACGGCUUCAGAGUUUGCUUACUGGCUGCACUGCAGAAGUACUACGAGGUGAACCACAACUUGCCAGAGAAGAUUGUGGUGUAUCGGGAUGGUGUGUCAGAUGGUCAGCUGAGGAUGGUGGAGCAGUACGAGAUCCCACAGUUGAUCAGAUGCUUUGAGACUUUUCCCAGCUAUGAGCCCAAGCUGGUCUUCAUUGUUGUCAAAAAGCGCAUCAGCACCACCCUCUACUCCUGGGCGGCAAGCAGCGUUGGUACACCUCCACCUGGAACUGUUCUGGACCACACCCUCACUCAUAGAGACUGGGUGGACUUCUUUCUGAUGGCACAUCACAUUCGCCAGGGCUGUGGACUUCCUACUCACUACAUCUCUCUGUACAACACGGCAAACCUCACACCAGACCAUUUGCAAAGGCUGACUUUCAAGAUGUGCCAUUUGUACUGGAACUGGCCAGGCACCAUUCGUGUUCCAGCACCAUGCAAGUAUGCCCACAAACUGGCUUUCCUGUCUGGUCAAUACCUGCACACAGAGCCAGCCAUCCAGCUAUCAGACAGGCUCUUCUUCCUCUAAGCUGCACCAGUUACUGCAACAAGCAAACUGCUGAAGUCAAAGCAAAACCAGCUGUGAUGAAAAACAGUACUGAAACACCCGAAUGACAAACCCCUCAUUUGAAUCAAUGAGGGAUUCAUUAUUAUGUCUCAUUUUAAGCUUUAAAGUAUUGUAGGUUUCACCUAGUAUUCUCAUAUGGAUCAAGCCUUUAAUGCUAAUGUUUCUUAAAGAGCUGGCCAGCCUAUCACACCUUGAUAAAAGCUAACUCUUCAUGAAGGUAACACUGUAUUGCCUUACUGCAGAAAUUGUGUGGUAUUAAUGUUUUAAUUUCAAGUGUAGUUGAAAAAAGGGAAACAUUUUUGUUUGAAAUGAUUAUUGGCCCAAAGUUGGCAAAGUUUUACUUGAGUUUUGAGUAUUUUUAGCCUCUGUUCAUGUGGCAUAAUUAUUGGUCAGUUUUGUUGAUGUUCAGACACUUCAUCUGUGACUG